AUGGGAAGAUCCUCAUAUGAAACCACCCAACACUGCCCGAAGCGAAGUUUCUCGGACACCCGAGAAUCCUGCAGAGAGCGAAAGCUAGGCUGCCGAAACUGGUUGGAUCUCCCGGAGGACAUAUCGGCGUCAAUAUUUUCAAGGUUGAAAGCUACAGAGAUCUUGGAUAAUUGUCAGCUUGUGUGCAAGAGAUGGUUGAAAAUCUGCAAGGUUAACCCUCUGGUAUGGCAAACCAUCGACAUGCAUCAUCUCCCUUCGGAUCAGAAUAUCUACGGCAACAUGGAGCAUAUGUGCCGCGAUCUCAUUGAUCGUAGCUGUGGUGGUUUGGUCGAUAUCAACGUUGUGCGCUUCGGCACCGACAGGCUUCUUAAGUACAUAACUGAUAGUAGUUCAUGUGGAAUCAGGCGCCUCCGAUUGGAAUGUUGCCCCAAGAUAACAAAUGAGGGACUGUGUGGAGUGGCCUCGAAAUUUGCGCGGUUAAAAGAGCUUGACAUUUCAGUGUACUUUCUCUCGUGUAAAACUCUAGAAGUGAUUGGAAGAUCUUGCCCCCUUUUAGUAUCAUUGAACCUGAACCAUCGAUUCCGUGGGGCUAGCUACUCUAUGUACGGAGACACUAUAGCACGAACCAUGCGCGGUUUACACAACCUUUCGCUUUCUGGAUUUGUGCUAACUAAUGAUGAAUUGAGGAAAAUCCUCGAGUCCUGUCUUGGUCUUGAGACACUUGAUUUGGAUAUGGAGUGUGGAUAUUUUCUAACAAAUAUUCUGAGGGAUCCAAGAUUUGCCAAGACAACUUAUGUGUCUGUUUCUACAGCAACAACAGAGAGAACAUUUUCGGCUAUGAACAUCAUCAAAAAUAAACUUAGAAAUAAGAUGGAAGAUGACUUUCUUGAUGAUUUGAUGGUUCUCAACAUUGAAAAAGAAUUUGCUGAUAGUAUUGAUAAUGAUUCUGUAAUUGCUGAGUUUGAAAUGAGUGGGCCUCGAAUGGUACGAUUUAGUUAG